AUGGCAAACGGAUUUAUAGCAUCGGCAAUUGGUUUAAAUGCUGAUCUUCAAGAACACUUAACAUGCGUUAUUCAUCGUGGUCUUCUUGAUCAUCCAAUGAUUUUACCCUGCAAGGGUAAACAUCGUCUUUGUCAAGAAUGUACUGAAGAACUAAUAGGAUCAUCAUGGAACAUUACUUGUCCAGAAUGCCGAGAAUCAUACGAGGUUCCACAGGAUUGGGCUGAUAUCUGGUUCGACCGUGUACUUCAUCAUAUUACUUCAAAAUUAAGCAGUAAUGAGGCGGAAAUUAAUCAAAAAGUGAUCAAAUUCGUACAGGAAUCUUACUCUCGUCAUGGUUCUCCAAACCAAAGGCUUCAUAUUAAAUCUGUUCAAAUGGUAUCGAAUCCUCGACUAAAAGCUAAUUUUGAUAAAUGCAAACAAACGAUUAACUCACAUGAAAUCAUUACUUUGUUACAUGGAACCACACGCAAGGCUGCACUUUCCAUCAGUGGCCAAGGUUUCCGUAUUCCUGAGAGUUUUAACAGAAAUUCUGAAGAUGAAAGCGAAGGAGAACUAAAAUUUGGUACAGCCAUUUAUUUCGCAGAGGCUAAAAAAGCGACAGAAUACGGUAAAAAUACUCUUGUUCUUGCUGAUUGUAUUCUUGGUCGCAUUGAAGAAAAAGAUGUGUCUGAACUUAAGCUUACUCCUUCUAUCGGCCACGAACGUGGUUAUGACACGAUUUACUAUAACAAUCAUCAGGAAGGUAUUGUCAGUCAAGAAUGGGCUAUUUAUAGAUCAGAUCAAUGCUAUCCUCUUUGUAUUAUCGAUUAUGAAUUCCUUGACAUCAACAACUCGUCAGAAGAUGUAUUACUUAAUUACAUAAAAACAAUGAAUCCCAUGUUCCCUGACUUGUAUGCCAUUCAUCAAGCAUUGACCGGUACCGAAAAUCAAUGCAAAGAAGCAUUGAGAUUUAUUGGUGAUACUGCUAAAAACAACUUACUGUUAGAAAGCAGAAUUGCGUCGUCAUUGUUGGCUACUUUGUCUAACGGUCAGAUUGGAACAUUAUUGAAACAUCCGAAUGAAACUGUUCGCAUUCUUUUUCUUCGUGCACUCUGGCAAAUAGGACAACGAGACCGUAGCCCGGAGCUGUACGUUCACCUAAUUUUCCAUUGGAAAUUGCUGAUAGAAUCGUUGCAAUCAGGUUAUACCGAUGUCUCAUGGCGUGCUUGCGGUGUAUUAACUAAUAUGGCAGCAGUUAUUACUCAUGUUCGAAAGGCACUUAUUUCUUCUGAAGUGUUAAAUCAACUGAUGCUGCUCCUCAAACGAGCUGUGCAAUUUGAAGACAAAACAUGUGUUUUAACUGUUCUCCAUCUGAUGGCUAACAUCGCGGUAUCCGAACAUGAAAUUAUGAAACAACAAAAGAAUAUUCUUGAUUAUGUGAACCAAAACUUACUUGAUCAUAAUGAUAUUGAAAUUCAAGAAGCAGGAAAUCGCCUGUUCUGCAACAUCAUCGGAAAAGGCAAUCUUAGUGCUGACUGGAAGCGAGGAGGCUACAAAGAUGUAGCUGUAGCACCAACUAUCGACUAA